AUGAGUAGACACAAAACUCAAUUCAAAACCAUCAAAAAGAGGACUAAUAAGACUUCUGAUUUGACAGAGAAGUUCAAAAAAAAUCUACAAGAACAACUAGAUUCUGAUGAUGAUGAUGGAGAUUAAUAAAAUGAGUAGAAAUCUAAACAUGAAAGUGUAAAUAAUUUUCUUUAUCUACUUUUAGUUAGUCAAUGAAUAUUUAGCAUUUACUUAAUUAGAAUAAGCACUCACAACAGGAUUGAGAGCUGCUAUUUCUGGAGAUUUAGUUCCUAAAAAUCCUUGGUGUGAAGUAUCAAGAACACUUGGAGUAUAAAAUCUUAAAACUGACAUUUACACAACUUUUGAAAAAUUAGCUAAGAAUUUCAGAAAGACACCUUGUAUUGAAACUAGAAAAUAUCAUAUUUAUAAAAUUAGUUAUAGUUUCAAACAAAAGACAAGAAUAAUUAAUUCUUAGAAUGAAUUAGAAGAAGUCUUAGAAGAAUAAAAAUUUGAAGUUUAUGGAUAUGAAAGGAUGCUUGAAUAUGUUUUCCUACCUAAUUUAAAAGAAUUUUAUUUUGCUAUUUAGAAUAUAUUGCCUUCAUUUAUUAAAGAAUAUCCUUAAGGUAGAAUAUAGGUUGUUAAUUCAUUAUCUGGAGGAUAUAUAAUUAAAUCUGGUUUAAUUACUUAUCCUAAAGCUCAUCCAAAAGAUUUGGAAAUAAAUUGUGAAUGUUUUAUUUAAGCAAGUUCUGAUGAGAUUGCUUUUGAUAUGUUCGCAAAUUUUGUUUUUGAAGAUUGUUAAAGUAUCAAUAAUAAAUAAGAUUUAAAUCUAAUAAAAGUAUUUUUAAUAUACUUUUUUGAUUAAGAGAAGAAGGAAUAAAAGAAAAUAACAUGGAAAAUGAAAAAUAUUAGUAAUUCUAAUAAAAAUAGAUUUAUAAAUGAAAUAAAAGAAUAUACUAAAAGUCGUAGUAGCAUAUAUUGGAAGGGAUAUUGUAGAGUAAAGGGAUUUGAGAAUUUAGAUUUAAUGGAAGGAAUAGAUGAGAAUAAUCCAGAAGGAUUUUAAUAUAUAGAAGUAUAUAAAAUAUAUAAUCUUCAUUUAUUUAAAAAUGAUGGUUAAUAAAUAUAAAAAAUAUCAUAUUAGAAUUAACCAUUAGGAUCAUUACUAAAAGGUGUAUUUUUUGAUGAAGGAUAAGCUUAGAUAUAUGCAUCAUUUUUUUAUAAAGAUAAUGAAACAUUUAAUAAGAGUAUUUAUUAUAAGGAUUUUGUAAAGAAUCAUUUAAUGUUAGUUUUAAAAAAAUGGGAAGAAUAAAAUAUAGGAGCAUCAGCUUGGGAAUUAUUUUAUUUAGCAUUGUAUAUUGAAAAUGCAGAUCAAAGAAGAGAUUUAUUAGAUUCAAUAAUUUAGAUUAUUAGUAGUGAUUAUUCAUCUCUUAUUUAAUUAACAAAAUUAAAUAAUAUUCUUUAAAUGUUAAUGGAGGAAUAUGAUAAAAAGUAAUAAGCACUUUUAAGACCAAUUAUAACAUCAACUUAUAAUGUUUAUAGAUAAGAAUUAAUGGUAACAUUUGGAAGAUCAUCUGGAAGUGAUAUUAUUAGAUAUAGAGAAUUCUUAUUUAGAUUAUUAAGAGAAAUGGAAGAUAGAUAAGGUGGAUUUUUAAUAGAAGAAAAUUCUUAUUAAGUUUUAAAAGCUAUGGUUAAAGUAACUAAAUUUAUAGGAAUAGGUAAUUUAUAAAGAGUUGGAGCUAUUACUGUUAGUUUAUCACUUUAUAUAUUUGAUUCACUUAAAUAAAAUAAAUUAAUAUCUGAAAAUUCUGGAUAUUAUACAUAUGAAGAAUUUUAAUCAUUGAAAGCCCCUAAAAAAAUGUUGCAUGUAAGUACAGAAAUAUAAGCUAAAAAAAUAGAUAAAGAAUUUAAAUAUAAAAAAGAAGGUGAUAUAGAAGAUGUAAUAAUUUUAUAAUUCUUAAAUGAAUAUGAUCUUUUUGAUAAUUUAUAUUAUAUUUUAAGAGAUAUCUUUUUUGGUAAAUAGUUACCUAAUGCUUUACCUACAGCAUAAUUUAAAGUAGAAACAAAAGCUAUAAAAUAUCAAUUAUUUGAAAUAGAAAGAAAAGAAGUAUAUGAUUAAAUGAUUAAUUAAUUAAGUGAAGAUAAACGUAUAAAUUAUGGAAAUGAUCCUAGUAUGGAACUAUAUAAUUUUAUAACUGAAGAUAUGGAUGAUUUAGAUCUAAAACCAAUUAUUGGAUGGAAAUAAUGUUUAUAUUAUGCUGCUGUUUUUGAAAUAUCUGGUCUUAAAGCUUAUCUUGAUGAAUUUCCAUGGAGAAAAGCAUUAAAAAGACCUAUACCUGAAGCUUAUAAAGUUAUGCCAAUUUUAGCAGUCUCAGGUACUUAUCUAUUUCAUGAUGCUGAUGUCAUUAAUAGAACUUAUGGAGAAUGGGGUUUACAUUGGGAUUGGAUUAUUAAAGGAGCUUCAUAUCCACAUGCUUAAUAAAUAUUUAUUGAUACUAUACUUAAAUAUGUAUCAUGGUUAGAAGUAUCUACAGAAAUGAUGGUUAUGGGAUUCUUUACUAAAAAAAAUAGAAUUGAACCUUUUUUAACUAUUGAAGAAAUUCUUAAAGCUGAAGAUCUCUCUGAAAUUAGAUAAAGAUUACUUAGUAAAUUUACUGAAGGAAAGGCUGUUUUUUUUAAAACCAUCUUUAAAGUUGAAACUAGAUUUAAAAAUGUUAAUUUCAUUAUCAAUUUACACUAUAUUGAUUAAAGUGGAUCCAAUUUAUAAAGUUUAUUAUAAGAAGAUAUUUGUGAACAUUAUUUUAGAGUCUUCUUUGAUUUAAGUGAAUUUAAAUUAUGGAAUAGACUCUAUCCUUAUUCUAAUAAUAGAGCUCUUAAAUUAUUAACCUAAUAAUAAUAAAAUGUAUUUUAUACUGGUAGUCUUAAUGAUGCUAUUAAAUUAGAAUUGAUUAAAUUCUUUGUAACAGAAAGUGAAGAAAUAUUUUUAACGAUGUGCAGAAUUCUAUUUUCAUAUUCAGAAUCCUUUUAUAAUUAUUCAAAAGAAGCUGAAACCUUUUAUUUUCUUUUCAAAUAUCUAAAUGAAAUCAAAAACAAAGAAAGACCUAAGAUUGAAUCUGCCAAUGAUAUUAAAGAUUAUUAUUCAGAAUGGUAAAAAGGUUUACAAGAUGAUUUAAUUGCUUAUGAUAAUAUUUAUUUUGAUUCCAUAGGAGCUACAGUUAUGAAUUAUUUAUAACAUGGUACCUAAGCAUUUGAAAAUAAUGAAACAGAUUUUGAUAGUUAUGCCAGCAAAAUGAUUAAGUUGUAUGAUAUGUGUUAAAUCAUUUCUGAUUCUGUAGUCCUAACAUAUCGACAACUUUUAUUAGAAGAUUAUGGUUACACUUUACUAUGGUUACCAAAAUAAAGAUGA